GUAACGAGGCAUCGACACUGACAGAGUCCACGGCACGGCUUGUUUACCACCAACCAUCCGGCCCUUCCCCGACCAUGGCGGCGGCACCCCCUCGCUGGUGGCCGCUCCUCCUGCAGCUCGCAAUCGCCCUUGGCAUCCUGCUCGCGGCGGCCGAGGCUUGGACGGGGGAGAUCCGCGGCCGCGUCGUCUGCGACGUCUGCGGCGACGCAGCCAUCGGCCCGGAGGACCACGCCCUCGAAGGUGCGGAGGUUGCUGUCCUCUGCAUCACAAAAUCUGGUGAGGUUAUCAACUAUCAAGCCUUCACAAACUCCAAGGGCGUGUAUACUGUCGCCGAGACUAUGCCGGAGAGCGACAGGUGGGACUCGUGCUUGGCGAGGCCUAUGAGCAGCUUCCAUCUACAUUGCACACGGCGGGGUGAUGCUCACUCUGGGGUGAAGUUCACUUACAACAAAUCGUCUGGGAACCCGCACACCGUCAAGCCUUUCCUCUACAAGCCGGCCACCGUCCCUCUGUAUUGUAGUUAAACAACACAUCUUGCUGGAACGCAGAAGAUAGAACAUACAGGAAGAAAAUAUGUAUUCGUGCCCCGACUCCAUAUGACCAUAUAUAAGUAAACACUGUUUGAUGUAAAUCAAAGAUUCAGCUGUCUAUGGGAGCUGUUCUAGUGUCUGGUCA